ACGAGCAACUGCUCCCCGUGGCUGUCCUGCGAGCAGCUGAGGACAGAAGUGAGGCAGAUGAAGCGCGUCGGGGAAGGAGCCGUGAAGAGAGUGAGUCCCUGGCUCACCCCCCGGGGAGCGAGUGGCCCAGCGGGAGCGGGGCUGGCGUCGUGUGCCGGGAGCCCCGAGCCCAGCCACCAGUCCCUCCAGCCGGGACAUUAUCCUAGUAGAGGGAGGCGGAGGAAGGAAGCGGCUAGAUGCACCAAGGAGUACGCUGCUUCGUUGUUGACAGUAAUAGAAAGCUAGAAGUAAUAACUACAGGGCAGUGGUUAAGUUAUGGUCCAACCACUUGUAGAAUAUUCUACAGCCAGUAAGUGUAGCUAGGAACCCUGUCCGGCAACAUUGAAAAGCUCUCAUUACGAUAAGUAGAAAAGCAAAAUAGAAAAUUGUGCAAUACGCUGUUUUCAUCUGCAAGAUUAUAUACGUAGAAAAAUAUUAAAAUGUUAGAAAGUGUGUUAUGGUGAAGGAAGAUUUCUUAUUUUUCAAACUCUAUGGUGGUAUUAUAUUGAUUAAAAAAUUCUUAUUUUAAAAAGAGAAAGCAAAGGGGCGAAUUCAGUUCUCACGUAGAAGCUGCCAGAGCCCCGUCUCAUGGGCUGCACUUCCGCAGUGGUUGCACUGAGACAGGGUGACUCCAGAAGCCAGUGAAGGGUGUUGAACAGGACAGACCCUCUGUGAGGAUGCAGCGAGGGACGGCAGGGCUGCAGCUGGAUAGAAGCUGCGUCCCUGAAUGGGGAACGGAUUCACCUCGAAGGAGGGAGUCAGAGGGGAGAAGGGAGGGGAAUUAACGUGAGGUGAAACCAUGAAGCCAGGUGAUGGGAAGGUAACGGGUUUAUUCAGAUUCGCCCGCUCACUGUAGUGGGUGCUGGGGGUGUAGCAGUGGACAGAGCAAAGGCCCUUGAAGCCGGCUGGGGAGUCAGACAGUCAAGAAGACAAGAAACAGGCGCGUAGGAAGCUGUGUUAGUGACGCGCUCUGAGCCAGUGGGGCAAGGAGAGAGCCGCAGGCUUGUUAUUACUCCAGGUGGUCAGAAUGGUGUGGGUAUUUGGGGACAAUGAUCCAGCAAGAAAGAUGGGGACCAGCAGACGCCCCUGGGUGGAAUGGGCCUGGUUGUCCCAGGACCAGAGGCACGAUGCGAGGAAGGCAUCAGAGGUGAGGGUCCCCCGGGGCUGCUGGCCUCGGGCACCACUGCAGCGCGAGUGGAGGGGAGGACUGCUGGCCUGUGUGCAGAACAGACCCGGCCGGGCUCGUGGGGAGCUUGGUGACAGGUGGCUACAGCUCGACACGAGUGUCAGCACUGGACACGACAAGAAAUCGGUGUUUCUAUCUGAGUGGAAGGAACGCAAGGUGGCUCUGUCGCGGCUCACCAGGCUGGAGGUAAGAGACGACUUCCUGCACGGGCUGCGGAUGCUCAAGUCGUUGCAGAGUGAGCACGUUGUCACGCUGCUGGGCUACUGUGAGGACGACAACAGCAUCCUCACCGAGUACCACCCCUUAGGCUCCCUGAGCAGCCUGGAGGCGACGCUGAACCUCUCCAAGUACCGGAGCACGAACACAUGGCAGCACAGGCUGCAGCUGGCCCUGGGCUACGUGGCCAUCAUCGACUUCCUGCACCGCAGCCCCCUGGGCACGCUGGUCAUGUGCGACUCCAGCGACCUGCCCAAGACGCUGUCCCAGUACCUGCUGACCGCCAACUUCAGCAUUGUGCUCAACGACCUGGACGCCCUGCCCCUGGUGAACCGCAGCACCGGGGCCCUGGUGAAGUGCGGCCACCGGGAGCUUCGUGGGGACUUCGUGGCCCCAGAGCAGCUGUGGCCCUACGGAGAGGAUGUGCCUUUUCACGACGACCUCAUGCCCACGUAUGACGAGAAGAUCGACAUCUGGAAGAUUCCAGACGUCUCCAGUUUCCUUCUGGGACACGUAGAAGGGAGCGACAUGGUCCGAUUCCACUUGUUUGAGAUUCACAAGGCGUGUAAGAGCCAGACGCCUGCAGAGAGACCCACCGCUCAGGAGGUCCUGGACACUUACCAGAAGGUUUUGAAUCUACUCAGAGACACCGCGACGUCUCAGACAAGAGAGAUGCUGUAAAGACCGGUGCAGUCGGUGAGGUAUGGGAGUCAAGGAUCGGAUGGAAGAGUUACAGUGGUUCCGCUCUCAUGGUGAGGUUUUUGCUGCUUUGACCCGUGGUUCUUCCAUCCGCGUGCACACGUGAGCGGCUCCCUAUCCUGGCCGCCUGGCAGAAGUUACUAAGCCAGAGCAAACCAGCCUUGAUGGGAGCCUGGCUUCGGGCAAAGGUGCAGAGAAGCAGCGAGUCUGGCCAGUAUCUGAAGGAAGUAAGAAAAAUGGAGCCACAAAGAGGCUUCCCUAACACCUGAACGUGUAAGCUUGUAAGAAAUGUGUGUAGAGAGGUUUUUAAAUUGCAGCGUACGGAAGAAACAAGCAGUAGUACUCGCUUUUUUAGGUGAGUAUUUGCAGUGUAUUUCACUGGUACUGAUGAGGCAUCUCUACCAUUUCAAAAGAUUGCUCUGUGAAGCUCCUGUGCCAUUCCCUUCCCAACGAGCUUGCACGCUCUUUGAAAUUUUGAAUGGAUAAGGAACAUUUAAAAUACCAAAUAUGAUGGAGAUGAUGUUACUGCCUUGGACGGUGCUUGUGAAAUUCCUAUUUACCUUCCAGCUGGAUUUUCUGUGUCCAAAAUUAAUUAUUGUGAACAUUUUAUAUCAACAGUGUCUGUCACUCAUCACUGGACGGCGUCAAGCCCUUCCACUUGAGUCGCAUGAUUGAAUCCUUCAAAUAGCUCUUUCCGUGGUCACCGUCACCCUUGUUUGCAGGGGAUGGUGGAUUUGGUGCAUAGUCAUCAUCACCAGUAAGGGGGUUAGAGCUGACACUGAGGGGCAAAGACGCUGUGCAGCCGACUGCCUGCCCCUGGCUUGCACAGGCCGCACAGUCACUGGAGUCACAGGGAGCUGGGCCCCGACCCACAGGUUCUGACUCAGUCUGUCUGGGUGGAGUCCGAGAGUGCUUGACUGUCAGGGAGGGCAACCCAGACAGUAGGAUAGGGAGUAUUGUCAGUAUUAUCCCUAUUCUACUGCCUGUGGUUGAUCGGGUCCUGUGGGUCCUAUGGUUCGUCAGAGAAUACGCUUGCCCAGAGUAUAUUAACUGCUACUUUUUGUUAUAAAAGUGCUGCCAGAACCCACUAGGAUGGCUGUAAUCAGAAGGAUGGACAAUAACAAGUGUUGGUGAGGAUGUAGAGAACUGGAACCAUCAUACACUGCUGGUGGGAAUGUCAAGUGUUCCAGCUGCUUUGGAAAACAGUCUGGCAGUUCCUUAAAAAGUUAAAAAUAGAAUUACCAUGACCCAGCAGUUCCACUCCCCAGUAUUUACCUGACAGAAUUGAAAACAUGGCCAUAAAAGAACUUGUACAUGAAUGUUCAUAGCAGCAUUAUUCGUGAUAGACAAAAGAUGAAAAUAACCCAAAUGUCCAUCCACUGGUGAAUAGAUAAAGAAAGCAAAGAAGGGGGCUUCCCUGGUGGCGCAGUGGCAGAGAGUCUGCCUGCUAAUGCAGGGGACACGGGUUCGAGCCCUGGUCUGGGAGGAUCCCACAUGCCGUGGAGCGGCUAGGCCCGUGAGCCACAGCUACUGAGGCUGCACGUCUGGACCCUGUGCUCCGCAACGGGAGAGGUCGCGAUAGUGAGAGGCCCGCGCACCGCGAUGAAGAGUGGCCCCCACUUGCCACAACUGGAGAAAGCCCUCGCACAGAAACGAAGAGCCAACGCACCAAAAAUAAAUAAAUAAAAAUUAAAAAAAAAAAAAAAAAAAAAGAAAGCAAAGAAAAUGUGGUCCAUCCGUUCAAUGAGGUGUCGUUCAGCCAUAAAAAGGAAUGAAGUACUGAUACACGUUCCGACAUGGAUGAAUAUGCUAAGUGAAAGAAGCUGUCACAAAAGACCACAUUUGUAUGAUUUAAUUUUAUGAAAUGUCCAGAAUCGACAAACCCAUAGACAUAGAAAGUAAAUUAGUAGUUUCUAGAGGCUGGCAGGGUUGAAGAAUGGGGAGUGCUUACUUAUGGGUACAGGGUUUCUUUGGGGGUGAUGAAAAUGUCCGGAAAUUAUGCAGUGGUGAUGGUUGCACAACUCUGACUAUACUAAGUAACACUGAAUUGUACAAAAAGGGAGAAUUCUAUGGUAUGUGAAUUAUAUCUCAAUAAAGCUGGAAACCCCCCCUCUUAUGGCCCUUUUCACUUGACGUAGUACUUACUGUGUGGAGCUGCUGAUUUGAAAUUACCCUAUUCGUGUUGUCAUUCUGGUUUGAGGGUUUUCUUGGUUUGGGGACUUUGCAUUGGGAGCAAACCUUUGUUUCAAAUGAAUUUGUUUUUAAAUAUUGAUGAUAGAGCUAAAAUGAACAGCAUGGUGUAGGGGAGGGGACGCUGUCAGGAUCAGAAGACCUGAGUUAUAGUCCCAGCUCUGCCUGUGACUCAUGUGUGGCCUCAGACAAACCCAUUUCUAAAUGAGACGGUUGGUGAGAGGCAUGUCCAACUUCUGCUCUACCUCUGAGUUCUCCCUGAUGCUUCAUCAUGCCCGUGCCAGACACCAAACUGGCCCUGGCCCUUCAGGUUCCAUCUUCAGUACCAACAGAACUGCAAAAUCGUAAGAGGAACGUACAUUCUCACUAAAACCUACGUGAGUUCAUUGCCCACAUCUUCAGCAAAAGUAUAAUCAGGAGAAGAGGCAGAUGAGGUGAGCCAUUCUCAAAGCACAGCCCAUGAUUUAGUGGUCUCUCUACUAACCUUAUUCCAAGUAUUUUUCUCUUUAAAUCACCAUGGGGACAUCACUGGGGGUCCAGUGGUUAAGACUCUGCACUUCCACUGCAAGGGGCAAGGGUUUGAUCCCUGGUCAGGGAACUAAGAUCCCGCAUGCCACGUGGUGUGGCCAAAAAAAAGAAAAAAAAUCAUCACUACCAUGUGGUUUAUAGUGUGCUUUCUUUUUAUCUCAUGUGAUGCUACAAACACUCCAAGCUUCGGAGAGCCUCCAGGGAUUGUAAAUCGUUGAGCAGAGACAGGACACAUGAGUGUUCUUAAAACGAGGGACAUGAGGUGGGAGUGGGGUCGAAAGCUUACCUCAUGCAGUAUGUGUUAAAAAGGUCCUCUAUGUAUCCACCCUCCCCCCAUUAUUUUAAAAAUAAAU